AAGACGCGUGUGCGUCAGGGUUAGAAAUCGCUGCUCUGCGGGGCACGCUGGCGGGGAGGGGAAAAAAAAGACCAAAAAACCAACAAAACCGACAAACCCCAAACCCUCAGUUGCAGCCGCGUCUUCUAAAAAAGCCCGAGCGUGCCGGCUCGCUGCCGCUUCCAAGAAACGGAGAAAACCGGGGAGGAAAAUUGCAGUGAUUCAUCGCGGGCAGAUCGGAGGCAGGAAAUGGGAGUUUGCCGCCUGCCCCAUGCCCGGCGUGGGCUCGGGCUGGCCGGGGCCUGGCUGGCGAUGAGGCUCUGACGCUCACGGGUCGAGCAUCCCUGCACCGGGGUGGAGAAAGCCACCUUAGGAAGGAAAACAACCGGGAAAGGCCGAGAGAGGAGCUGGAGCUUGGGGAAUUUAUCGGCUGCGUUUCUCCUCCGGAGCCAUCCAAGCGAGAGCCGGACUGUCACCAGGGGCCCGAUCCUGGAUCCUGCUGCUUGCUCCUGCUCUGCCACCCUUGGUGGCUCUGGAUAAAUCAGAUGUAGCCCCACCAGAGCCACUUCACCCCAUCCUGACCCAGCCUUUGCCCUGACUCCCCUGCUGCCAUGAAGAAGAAACCAUCCAAUGGGAGAGGGUCAGAUCCUGCCCCUCCCCAGCACCGAGCCCGGGGCAUCACCAAGCCAGCAGAGUAUGUGGGUUCCUUUGUGCUGGAGGACUUGGACCUGGAGCAGCAAGCAGGGCAUCUGGAGGAGCAGCUGCGGAUGCUGAAGGACUGCCCCAGGAGGAGGCCGGUGGUGCUGAGGUUCAGCUUGCAGGGGCUGAAGGUCUAUGGUGCUGAUGGAGAGACGCUGCUGAUGGCCCACGCUCUCCGAAGGAUCCUGUACAGCACCUGGCGCAGUGCCAGCAGCCAAUUCGCCUUCGUGGCCCGGAACCCCCACAGCCCCCACAGCCCCCUCUUCUGCCACCUCUUUGUGGGGCCCCCGGGUGAGGUCCAGACCCUGCACCUCCUGCUCUGCCGUUCCUUCCAGCUCUGCUACCUGCUGGCACACCCUGAGGUGCAGGAGGUUGAGGGGGAUCCCCCCGGGGCCGGGGUGCUGCGGGAGCCCCUCAACCCCGACGAGGUGUCCCGCAAUGUCAACGCCCUCGUCUCCCUCCGCCGCCUGCCUGCACCCAGCGGCCUCGGCUCGCUGGGCACGGGGGAGCGACGUCUGGAGGGGGAGGGCAGAGCCUGGCGCCUGGGAAACCCUUACUGCUCCCCGGUGCUGGUUCGCAAAAAAGCGAUCCGGAGCAAAGUCCUGCGCUCCGGGGCUUACCGGGACUGGGGGGGGGAGAGCCAACUCCACCAGCCCCCCCGGGACACUGCAGGCUGGGAGAGCAAAGGCCCGAGGAGCGUGGGCUUCCUCCCUGAGAACGAGAGCGUCCUGGCUGAGAGCGUCUGGACCUUCGCUGGCAUCGCCAGGGACAGUGGGGUGGCCCUGCUGCAGCAGGACGUCCCCGGUGCCUUCCUGCUGCGCCCCGAGCCCGGCCCGGCCCAGCGCUGGUGCCUGUGGGUGCGGGCGCCCUGCGGUGUCGUCCCGUACGGGCUCCUCAGGACACACCAGGGCAGGUUCUGCGUGGAGCACUCCAGUGCCGAGUUCUCCAGCGUGCCCGCGCUCCUGGCUCACUACAGCGCGGGGCCCGGGGGCUGCUUCUGCCGCUUGUGCCCCGGACACCGCAACCCCGGCUACGAGGAGCAGGACCCGGGAGGCGCGGCCCAGCCCCGGGGGGGGGCACCGGCGGCCGCCUGGACCCCCGGCACCGCCCCCUCCGGGGUGCAGCAGGAGCGGGGAUAGACCCGGACACCCCAACUCGGCCACUUCUGCACCCCAGAACUCCUCCCCCCCCCCAUCCCGAGCUUUAACUCGCUGCCGUCUGCCUUAUCGAUCCCCCGUGCGUGUGCUCGGCAAUAAAGCGGCUCUUGUG